AUGGAAGGGAAAGAAGAGGAUGUGAGAGUGGGAGCUAACAAGUUCCCAGAGAGGCAGCCGAUAGGAACAUCGGCUCAGACGGACAAGGACUACAAGGAGCCACCACCUGCGCCACUGUUCGAGCCAGGCGAGCUGAGUUCGUGGUCGUUCUGGAGAGCCGGGAUCGCUGAGUUCAUAGCCACGUUCCUCUUCCUGUACAUCACAGUUCUGACAGUGAUGGGAGUGAAGAGAGCCCCAAACAUGUGUGCCUCUGUUGGAAUCCAAGGCAUUGCUUGGGCUUUUGGUGGCAUGAUCUUUGCCCUUGUCUACUGCACUGCUGGCAUUUCUGGUAAAUCAAACAUCUCCUCCUUGGUUUCUUCGAUGAAAGCAUCUGCAUAA